GCAUCUUUUAUUGAAAUCGACUCACAGGAUCACACAUCUAUAGUACACAUCUCAGCAUGGAGACUCUGACCUUGAAACUUCCCUCUAAAAAGUGUUUUCAGGGUGGAUCGAACAGAUAUUUCUAAUUGGUAUUUCAGAAAAGGUUACUGCCAUCUAUUACAAAGCAGCUCCACACGUUGAGGUCACCUCAGACAUUUGAUCAAAGUUUGUUUCUGUCCGCAGAUGGCCUCGGCAACAGCAACCUACGGGCAGAAGGAGUCUUCGGACCAGAACUUUGACUAUAUGUUCAAAAUUCUCAUCAUCGGCAACAGCAGCGUGGGCAAAACCUCCUUCCUGUUUCGCUACGCCGACGACUCCUUCACACCAGCCUUCGUCAGUACGGUGGGCAUCGACUUCAAGGUGAAGACCAUCUACAGGAAUGACAAGAGGAUCAAACUACAGAUCUGGGACACGGCCGGUCAGGAGCGUUACCGCACCAUCACCACAGCUUACUACCGAGGAGCCAUGGGCUUCAUCCUCAUGUACGACAUCACCAACGAGGAGUCCUUCAACGCCGUCCAGGACUGGUCGACUCAGAUUAAAACGUACUCGUGGGACAACGCCCAGGUGCUGCUGGUAGGAAACAAGUGUGACAUGGAGGACGAGCGGGUGGUGAGCGGAGAGAGAGGCCGGCAGCUGUCCGAACACCUUGGCUUUGAGUUCUUUGAGGCCAGCGCCAAGGACAACAUCAACGUGAAGCAGACCUUCGAGCGCCUGGUCGACAUCAUCUGUGAAAAGAUGUCCGAGAGUCUGGACGCCGGCGAUCCUGCCGUCACAGGGGCCAAACAGGGGCCCCAGCUGACAGAGCAGCCUGCUCCUCCUCACCAGGACUGUGCAUGUUAAGGCUGACUAACCUCCCAAACCCUCCUCCGCUGUCUGUCUCCUUGUCCUCCUUCAGCUGGACCCAGGUCCUCGGGUCCAUACUUCAUCACCCUUCUCACUCUCUUUCCUGCUUCUUUCUGUCUGUAGGAUCAUUUGGUUGAUGGUCACAAGAACCAGCCUGUAAAGUGUCUGAAAUGCUCUGAGAUGCCAGUGGACAAGUUUUUGAGAUGUUGCUUCUGGUUUCUCCGCAUAAAGGAGCUAAAAGGUGUUGUUUUUAUCAGUGCAGAUGUUGGUCUGAUGCCAAAGCAAGUUCGGUCAAACCGGAGCGUUUGAGACUCUUUACAGUCGAGGUUCUUGAAGGUGUCCGACCCAUCUUCUGUUGGUUUCCCUGUUCCUCAGUGUGGUUUUACAAGAAGGAUUUGACGGCGUACAUCCUCAGAGUGCCAUUUAAAUCCUUCCAAUGUUUACAGUACUUUGUUUCAUGUCAGUCAAAUGUCUUGAAAAGAUGCCAGCCUUGGACGUGGUGACCAAGAAGGCCGCUGUGGAGUCACGUGGGAGUGACGAUCCAGCUGAGAUCUGCUAGAUAUCGAUGUGUUGCAUUUCAUACAUGUCAGAGAUAUUUUUCUUUUUGUCGUCUCACCUGGUAUCUGAACACGGAUACUGCAAGAAUUAUCAACCAUUUGUUUGUCUUUGUUCAUCUGAGCAUUUUCAUUUGGCCUUUUUUAUGUUUUUACAUUUCUUCAGCAAACUUUUAUUUUGUAUUCUCGCAUUCUUUUUAUUCUGUUCGUACAUGAAAACACUGGGUGGGGAAAAUAUGAACAAGCUAUAGCUAGGUGAAAAAUAGCAAAAAAAGAAAAAAAGACACAUUUUAUUUAAUUAUAUUUAUUUCAAAUGUACAUAUAAAUGUUGUGCAAUAUAUAUAAAAUAUCUACAGGUAUGCAUUUCUGGAAAUAAAUUUUAAAAGGUAUGAAGUUCUAUGAGGAUAGUAUCAAAUAUAAGAGGUUUAUGUCGUCGGGUUUGUUUGGAUGAUGUGUGGAAGAAGCUCCUCUGUGAGUCACCGUAUUUCCUUGUUGGUUUCAUGCUACUUCCAGAGAUGUAGCAAAGUCAGAAAUGUCCUAAGAAGCAUCCAGCGGGAUAAGUUGAAGUCUGAAUUCCAAGUCGAACAUUUAGUAACGGGCUUAUCGUCCCUUAAAUCCCCUCAGAGGGAUUCUCAGCACUCAUGAGGCCGAACAUC